CAGUGACGAUUGAAGGUGAUAAGUCACAAGAGAUUGGACCACAAAAGUUCACAAGAUUCUUAUUGACUGCAGACAAUAAAAACGACUCAUCUACUGCAGAAGGAACGUUCGACCUAGUUGAUGAGAUGCUUAGUCAAUUUUCUGACAAGUGUCCCAAUAGUAUCAUGGAAACUUCCAUGAUCCCGAAAGAAGAUGUUACUGUUGCUUGGACAAGUCCUCCAGAAGGAAGUGGAUGUAUUCUCAUCAGAGCUACUGUAAUGGAAACACCGGAAACCGUGUAUAUGGAUGAAGGGAAUCUCGUUAAAACCAUUUGUCAAGAUCCAAAAGCUCUGUACGAUGAUCCAGGACCAGUACUUCCGGAAUGCUGUGCUUGCGAUGAAGCCAAGUAUGAAGUUACUUUCGAAGGUCUUUGGUCACGAAAUACUCAUCCUAAGGAUUUUCCAAGCAAAGGUUGGCUUAUUAGAUUCUCAGACGUGAUUGGUGCUUCUCAUACAGUCGAUUACAGAUUCUGGAGAUACAAUGAAACUGCCAGUGAAGGACUUCAGCAAGUGGCAGAGUUUGGGUCAACGAGAAAAUUAGAGUCAGAACUGAAAGAUCAGAGUGAAAAUAUUCGGACAAUAAUUAAAGCACGAGGAAUAAGUCAUCCUAAUGUGACAGGAAGGACGUUUGCUGUGUUCAGAGUUGAUAGGAGACAUCAUUUGAUGUCAUUAGUUUCUAUGAUUGUUCCUUCACCUGAUUGGAUUGUUGGUGUAUCUGGACUUGAACUCUGUUUAUCGAAUUGUUCAUGGAUCGAACAUAAAGAACUCAAUUUAUAUCCAAUCGAUGCUGGCACAGACGACGGUAUUACGUAUAUGUCACCUGACGCUCCAUCAGAUCCUCCUGAACCCAUAAGAAGGAUAACGUCUAGUUGGCCAAAUGACACACGAUCACCUUUCUACGACCCUCUUGGGAUGGAUAUGAAACCUAUGGCAAAGCUUCAUCUCAGUCGACAACGACUGUAUGAAAAAGCUUGUAAUGAAUCUUCUAGUCCUCCUGUCAAUUCAGGUGGUGACAAUAAUCAUAAAAAUAAAAAAGAACAUAAACGUAAAAGGCGUAGAAAUAAAGCCUGUAGAACAACAACUUGGAGCAAUUGGGGACCAUGCUCGACAUCUUGUGGGCGAGGAACCAGACUUAGACAACGAAAUUACAAGGACAAAACUGCCGCUGCUACAAAUAAUUGUAAUGCAACUCUAACAGACCGUGGAGAUUGUUAUUCAAAUAAUCCAGAAUGCAAUGGUCGUGACCAGAAAGGAACAAUUCUUGAAACUCCGGCCUGUGAACUAAGUGAAUGGACUGAUUGGAGCUCUUGUACAACUACUUGUGGCGAUGGCAGCAAGACUCGAUCACGCAAUUUCAUUCACAAAAAAAACCGCAAAUAUUGCAAGUCUAUCGCUAAUGGACCUGAACUUCAACAAACGAUCGAUUGUGAGAAUAAUCCUUGUGAGAGUGAAGAAAUGGAAAGGGUAAGCGAAAUAAUUGAAGAAGAUGAUGAUGAUGAAAAUGAAGAUGAUGAUGGAGAUGAUGAAGGAGACGAGUACGAGACAAAUGUGAUGAACGACGACGUCGAGGUAACCGAAGAAUGGUUGCAGAAUUGCCCAUCAGAAAAUUAUGAAGAAUGGAGUUUAUGGUCUCCAUGUUCAUCUACUUGUGGUCCUGGAACGAAAACAAGAUCUCGUCGCCCAGUGAGUGAUUCUUCUGAAGGUUUAUGGGAAUGUAGAGUACAAAGUGUUAAUUGCACUGCUAAAAUACUCAGCUGUGGAAUUACACCAGAAGAAGCUGAGGAAAUUUGUAAAGAACCCAAAAUAACCGGAUCUUGUGGGAUGAGUUUGAAGCGUGUUUACUUUAACAGUUCGACAAAUCAAUGUAAAUUUUUCAAUUAUGGAGGAUGUGAUGGGAAUCGAAAUAAUUUUCAGACAGUCAAGGAAUGCACAAAUGUUUGCAUUGAUAUACGAAGAGGAAAAAAAUUAACACCAUUAGACACGCCAAAGGAUUAUAAAGUCUAUCUCAGUAGCGUUCUUAGUUAUCAUAUUCCUGUUCAAAAUGAACGAAGUAAAAAAUCCAAACGUGAUAAAUUUGACUCAGAAGAGUCAGAAGAUUUCAAUGGAAUUCCAGCGGGCAGUCAAGUGAUCACAACAACACAAGAGUAUCAUGGAAGUGGAAAGGUCGAUUGUCAAGUAUCAGAAUGGAGUGAAUGGACCCCUUGUAAUGAAUGUCGGGGUUAUACAACUAUUACUAGAUCAAUUUUAGUGCCUGCAAGAAAUGGUGGAAAACGGUGUCCAACAAAAUUGAUAAGGCGAAAGAAGUGUCAUAAUCUACCAAACUGCUCAAAAGGAAGUCGAGAACGUCGUAAACGCUAUCGAGAUCGAAAGUCAGUUUGGGAAGACAAUGGAGUUUCAGUGGAUUGUAAAUUAACUCAUUGGUCAUCAUGGUCUGCUUGUCAUGCGACCUGUGGUAAUGCAGUCCAACAUCGAACAAGGAGAAUUCAAAUACAUCCAUAUGGACCACAUGGAAAACCUUGUACACGACUUGUAGAAUUUCGAAAAUGUUCCAUGAUUCCUUGUUAAAAAUAUUAUUAUCGGUCAGUCAUCUAUAUACUCUUUAAUGUCAUUAAUCGAAAGAAAAUCAUAUAACGCACAUACAUAUCUCAAAAAUGUCAAUAAGUGUGUAUUAUUAUGAAGAAGAAAUAUUCUUGGAAAGUCCAGUAUUAUAAAUAUAAUUCUGAUCUAAAACAAAAAAGGGGAUGAGUCGAAACAAUGUUUAGAUGAGAGAGAUUCAUGUUGUGUUCAUUCUCAGUAUAAUCAAUGUCAUGAAUUUUAUUGUUCUUUAAGUGACAUAAAAAAAUAUAUCAGUAUGUUUAUUUAAGUCAUAGUAUUGUCUUAGUAGACUAAUUUCUUAUGUUAUUUUAAAUAAAAAUUUCCAGGCUCAUCAACUUUGCCCCUUUUCCACUUUAGUUCAGAAUGUGUGUAUUCAAAGAAUCAAUUUUUACAGUGUUAGUAUGAGUUUAGGAUGAAUAUAACAAAUAGCACACAUAAAAUAUUCGUGUAAAACAAUAAUGUGAUGUAUACUUUUUGUGCAUUUAGAUAUCCAUUUUUUAUAUUGAAAUUGAAUAUUUGCACAUUUUUAGUAAUAA